AAGCGCGCGGGCACUUCAGGAGGACGAGAGCGGCACCGAUCAAUUGCGCUCUCCUUCGCAGCGGCGUGUCGAGCGAGCGAGCGAGCCAUGGCGGGUGCUCGGUGUGAACCCUAGAGCUGAUUUCGCCGAGGGGAUCGUUGUCGUGUGGCCAGAGCUCGGGACGGAGACGGAGGCCUCGCAUGCGAUGCCUGAACAUCAGUAAGUUCUCGAGAUGUUUUGUGGGGCUUUGAUGGGCUGAUGAUUGUGGCGGACUGAGGCAUUGACUGGAGAAAAGUAUGUGAUGCGCGAACCCUAGCGAGGACGGAAGCCGUUGUGUGUAGCAGCAGGUUUAGAUCGGUGCAUUGAUGGAUCCCUCUGAGAACACGGAUUUGGCGAUGGAGGAGGAAGUUGAGGAAUCGAGAGUGGAUAUGGAGGUCGUUGAUAACGGCUGGGAUGGUGGCCUCGCGAAGGUGUCGGCGGGCACCCUUGGAGAUGUCGAGGACGAUGCGGAAAUUUUGGAGGCUAAGAAGAGCAAGGAAAGUCGUGAGUCCAGGAGGAAGAGGAAGGAGCGAGAGGCCGCGGGGGACGUUGUCGAGGAUGCGGGGGUCAGGGAGGAAAGGAAGAAACGGCGAGAUGAAAGGGACAAGCGCCGAGGAAAGGAUCUGGACGACCACGAGAGGCAUCGUGAAAAUCGAGACAAGAAGGAUGUCAAGAGGAAGAAGGGGAAGGAGAACAAGGAGAGGAAAGAGCGAAGAGAGGAACGGCAUGGUUCGGAUAGGGAAAUCAGAGUCCAGGAGGACAGUAAGGACUUAGAUUUGCGUGACAGAGAAACUUUUGAUAGAAGAGAAAGAAGAGAGAGAAAGCUAGACAGGAAAGACUCUGUCGACGACGAAUCUCAUGUUAGGGAAAUCAGGGAUCGGGAUGGGGUAAGAGCUGGAACGUCGGAUAGAACACACAGUAGGAAUGACGAUGUAAAAGCGUCCAGCCAUCCGAAACCUGCGGUCGUAGAUGAUGAACAAGAAGAAGGUGAAAUUCUCGAUGAAGAUAGUUGUCCAGCAAAAGAUUUGGAAUCAGGUGAGAUAUGCAUGGGGGAAGAGGCAGAUAAUCGAGACGGAGUCCGGAAUGAAGCCGCUGCGACGGUGAUCAAAGCCCAAGGGAAAGCAGACAAAAGCCGAUGGGAUUCUCCUCCCCUAGAGACGCUCUCCUCUGUGGAGGAGUCAAAGAUUGACCACCGAGAGCGGGUAGCUGGGAAGUCAGACAGGACUAGCAAGAGCUCUCCAAAUGCUCUUCAAAGCAUGCUUGGCAUUGCUGAAGCCUACGACUCUGAGAGUCAGGCAUCAGACGAGAAGCCUGUGGUCUCAGCCGACUUGAGAUCUGGGAAGUUCUAUAUUGCCAAGGAAUCGGAGAAUGGUGCACGGUCUGAAGGACCGGAUCUCGAGAGAAAUCCAGGAUUUGAUAAGAAAAGGGCAGGUGAUAAGUUUGAGUCCAAGAAGCACUCGAUGGGUCCACCGGAACAAAGAGGCAGUGAAUCGAAGGACAGGAAAUAUUCGAAAUCGGGUGAGUCCAGGUCAAGGCACGAUGGCUCUAAGUUGAAGAGCUCACAGAGUUUAGAGGCCGGGCACAGUAACCAUGCAGACACGGAGAGUCCAAGCGACCUGUCGUUAAUUGCCUCUUCGAAGAGUAAGCAUGCUCGUCACUCUCUAUCCCCCGCAGCUGAAGACGCUGCACAUGCCUCAGGGAAACGAGGUAAUGGGGGAAGACGACGACGUUCCCCUAGUCCUGAGAACAUAAACAUCACCUCAAAAGAUCGGCAGAGAAGAGGCCGAUCUCCUUCGAAGGACAGCGCAAACCACAGGCACAGUGAGAGAGGUCGUUCUCGGUCUCUGGAGAGUGCUAAGGACAGAGAGGUACUGCCGAAGCGUAUUCCUUCUGCAGAGAUCGCCAGAAGUCAUGUCCGAGGACGAUCUCGUUCUCGCGAUGGCGUCAGAGACAGGCGAACAGGGGUUGAUGGGCAUGAUCGGAAGAAACGUUCUUGGUCACCUGAUAGUAGUUAUGAGCGGCGGCACUCGAAGGAUAAUCAGGAUCAUCUUGACAGGAAUAGGCGCUCCAAGUCCCGCGAAAGUGCCCGAUUGAAGCCGGCGUCUCGAGCCGACAGCGUGGAUAGGAAGCGGCGUUCUCGUUCAAGAGAGAGUCUUAGAGAGAAACGGGUGAGUACUGAGUGGGAGAGUGGCAGGCGUGCUGAGAGCAUGGAGAGAAGGCGACGCUCAAGGUCAAGAGAAAGCUCACAUCGGAGAGGGGAGGAACGAGAUGUUAGCAGGCAUGGAGACGGUACAGAGAGGAGGCGAGGCUCCAGAGAUGUCCCCAGAGACUAUAAGGGUGAGGAUCGUGAUGCCAGUAGGCACGAAUGGCGUGCUGAUGAUGGACUAUACAGAAACAGCAGGGACGAUCGAAGCUAUCGUGACGGUCGACACUUCGAGAAUAAUAGAGAGAACAUGUACAAAAUGGAUAGGGAAAGGGAUUGGAAUGCAAACAACACUAACGACCGAACUCGCGGUCACAAAACAUCGCAUUUCAAGGAUAGCCAACACUCCAACAAAGAUUCCCUUGCUGAUAGUACCAUGGAAGAGGAAAACCAGGAAGAAUACCAAGAGAGGGUUGCUUCGCAGUUAGCUGCACAGGAAGAAGAUGAUCCUGAAAAAAUCAAAGUGGAGAGCAGGCUAAGAAGGCAAGCUAUUUUAGAGAAGUAUCAACGACAAGAGCAACAAAAAUCAGCUGAAGAACCAGCCACAAAUGAUAUGCAAGGAACCAACACCACUGAUGUUAAAAAACAACAUGUCGAUCAGUCGAACGGAAGCACUACAGAUGCGGGCGGCCCAGCACGGAUAGAAUCCGGGUCAUUGAAUGCGGAGUUAUCCCUAGGAAAGGGGACCCUACAAAAUGGAGCUUUGCCUCAAGAGACGACUCUAGAUGGUGGUUUAGGAGCAGGAUCGCCUAAGAGUGAAAGAUCGGCCGAUAUGUUCUGCGAUGAUAUAUUCGGUGAAUCCCCAGCCGGAGGACGUCGGCUGGGUAAAGGUGAUGGUUUGGCCUUGGAUACAAGUGGUCUCACCGACAACUGGGAUGAUGCAGAGGGAUACUACUGUUUUCGAAUUGGUGAGAUGUUGGAUGGUCGGUACGAGGUGGCGUCUUCACACGGCAGAGGUGUCUUCUCUACUGUCGUACGAGCGCGGGAUCUCAAAGCUGGCAGAGGAGAACCUGAGGAAGUUGCUAUCAAGAUCAUUCGUAAUAAUGAAACAAUGUUCAAAGCAGGUCAGCAAGAAUUGGUCAUUUUAAAGAAAUUGGCAGGAGCUGAUCCUGAAAACAAGCGACAUUGUGUCCGACUUUUGUCUAGUUUUGAGUACCGAAGUCACUUAUGCUUGGUUUUUGAGUCACUACAUAUGAACCUGCGAGAAAUCUUGAAGAAAUUCGGGCGGAAUAUUGGUAUCAACCUGAAUGCUGUAAGAGUGUAUGCGAAGCAACUGUUUAUUGCCUUGAAACAUUUGAAGAACUGUGGUGUUCUACACUGUGACAUCAAGCCAGACAACAUGCUGGUAAACGAGGCAAAGAAUGUUCUUAAGCUCUGUGACUUUGGAUCUGCCAUGUUCGCCGGCGAGAAUGAAAUUACUCCUUAUCUUGUCAGUCGAUUCUACCGAGCCCCCGAAAUUAUUUUGGGUUUACCUUAUGACCAUGCUUUGGACAUCUGGUCCGUCGGUUGCUGUCUGUACGAGCUGUACACUGGGAAGAUGCUCUUUCCUGGACACACCAACAAUGACAUGCUGAGACUCCACAUGGAGUUAAAGGGGCCCUUUCCCAAGAAGAUGCUGAAAAAGGCUGCCUUUGCCGACCAGCACUUCGACCAGGACUUCAACUUUUGUGCCAUAGAAGAGGACCCUGUCACGAAAAAGACGAUAAAGCGAAUAUUGGUGAAUGUUCGGCCUAAGGACAUGGGAAUCCUUGUCAACAGCUCAGGAAGUAUUGAUGAAGAUUCCAAGUUGCACGCUAGUUUCAAGGAUCUGUUGGAGAAAAUCUUUAUUCUGGAUCCUGACAAACGGCUUACUGUAUCUCAAGCGUUGAACCAUUCUUUCAUCUCGGGCAAGUGAUGUGGUCAUGCCAGUCUGCUGGCAUUCUUAUGUUUUUUGCUUAGGUUUUGCGGUGCACUUUCUAGUUGUGGUUCCAGGCACUGAUGUGGGUAAGUAGCGAAUCACUAGACUGUAAAGGAUUAUUCUAAAAGACUUGGUGUUCUGAUCAAGAUAUUUACUUGACAAUGGGACACUCAUCCUGUUCGUUGAUCUGCUCUGUCACCAUCUUUGCCGCACUGUGCCAAGCACAAUGGCGCGAGCACAGUAGGUGGCGAGGGUGGGCACUGGGAAACAGCUGCUGUUGGUCUGGAGACCAUUUGUUACUGGGCGAUACUGCCAGAAGAUAAAACACUGUUCUAUUGGAUGCCUCCAGGUCUAUCCGAGCAAUUAUUGGUGCUUUUAGUACCAGGUGGUGGCAGCCCGUCUUUUCUCAGCAUCAUUAACCAGCCAGCGCUCGGAGCCUCUAUUCUCCGUACUAUCCGUUACCAGGUUGACGGACUAGUCUCUGGAAGUUGAGACGGGCCAUUAUCAAGAAAGUCGUAAGCUCGGGGAGACGUUCUUAUUAUUCAAGAAGCUUUGCUUUCCUCCAUAUGUGCACAACCCUUUUGUAGUAUGGUUCAUAGUCUCCAUCUGCAUUUGAGCCUAUUCCGCGCUAAGAUUAAUUCCAGUUGCUAAGCUGCGCAAGAUGUUGGUAACGAUCCUUGAAAGUUCGGUCCGGAGCUGAAACUUGCCAAGCACUGAAGGGCUGUUGUCUCGCAAGUUUUUACCAUACUUCUUGCCUGCGAAGAUAAUUGAAAAAGAAAGAAGGGCAGAUUUGGUCGCAAGUGCUGAGUCGGUUGUGGUUUCUGGUAUGCAUACAUCAACUUUGACCACUGAGGUCUUCCUACCGCUGAGGACAUUUCAGGCUGUACGGUUUUGUAAAUGUCCAUUUGGUUUACUUCAAACCGGAAGAGCACACCAUUUAGACUAGUAUAUCCAACAUUAUCUCGUCGUGCUUGUGGCCUCUUCAGUAUGAUCGUUUGACGGUGUGCAUGUCGCAACUUUCAAUUUGGAGUAGAGCAGUACAUGCAUUACGUGUUGCUGUUAACGAUUCAAGUGGAAGGGAGUUGAGCCGUUUUGGCCUCAGUUUUCACCCUGAAGCAAGUUACAUUGCAGACAUUGAAUUUUGCCGAAGUUGAGAAAAGUCAGCGAGGAUGUAAAUAUUACACAAGAAACCUCUUGUGUAAUAUGGGUCGCCUUUACUAUGGGCUGCUCUCUGUCUUCCACGAUGAAAGGAUUUCUUGUUUCUAAUCAAGUUAGGAAAGAAUGUUUUUAACAAACUUUCAUGGCACUGUUUCACAGUUUUUGCAAGGAAAGUACUCGGCUUUUCCGUUUAAACCUUGAGAUUAUCUUACAGAAUUAAUUACCAUUUAGCAAGGGACUAACUAUCUUGUGGGCGACGGCAAGCACCCGGGGGUCGGAACCGUUUGCGUAAUCUAAUAAAGCUGGUCUUCAGUCCUGCAAAGUGACCAUGACUGGACUAGUAUAUCAAUCUACCCCUUCACCCGGGUACACACUGAUGACGCCCUGGUGCUACGUU